GCUAAGUACAGCUUGUACUUCAAGCUUUUACAUGAAAAGAUCGAGGAGUACAAUAUACAACCCAUUAAUAUAUUCAAUAUGGACGAAAAGGGGUUUCAACUUGGCUGGGUUGGCAGUACAAAACGUAUAUUCAGUAGGAGACUCUACGAGCAAAAAGGGGCAAGGCAAGCACUUGAAGAUGGCUUAACUAAGUGGAUAACGGUUAUAGCUUGUAUUUAUUUAGAUGGUAUAGCUUUGAGUCUAACACUUAUCUUCUAG